AUGGGACAGCGGAGUGUCUACGAUCCACACGAUCCUUGGGCAUUCCGUAACACAUGGACAGGCGAGAUACGGAACAGCUACGAAGACCUAUGGAUCUGGGUCACGCUGAUCGUCGGGCUUACUCUGUUGGCGCUUUGCGUUCUCAUCCCCGUAUUGAUUCAUAUCUACUGUAGAAGUCUCUGCCGUUGUUUACCAUGGUGUCGAUGCUACGAUCGACUUCUGUCUGUGUGUUACACAACGUCGUGGGAGCAGCGUCAACGAUCCAGAGAACGACGAUGUCCCAAAGCUCAACAUAUCGACUUCGAAGAAAGCCGUGGCGUCUCGAACUCAGAACCUGAGUCCGAAGUACCGUCUCCAACAGAACAUCAUCCACGUCCUGUCUAUCGAUCGUAUCCUGAAAGCUUCUAUCCGCGUAGUGUAACCUUGCCUCCUACGAUACAUCAAAGUCAGAGAAAAGCUCACGCUCAAAAUCACGGCAGAGUCCGAGAACCAUCGGUGCCACGACUAAAGCUAUAA